AUGUACAAACUUGGAUUUUUUAUAUUUAUUGUUAUUCUAUGGUCUUUAUCAUUAAUUGAUGCUAAACGACGAGUUCCAAAUGAAUCACAACAUAACUUAGGUGAUUUUUGCAUUCCUGGUACAUGUACAAGUUUAAAUUCUAAUUGUAAACGUGUUGGUGGAAGUGCUUUUCGAUGUGUUUGUAAAGAACAAUAUAUGUCUGUGAAUAAAACUCAUUGUGUUCGAGUUAUAAAUGCAUCAAUUGAUUCAAUAUGUACAUCAUGUAUUGAACGUGGUGGAGUUUGUUUAGAUGAGAAUACUGAUGAUCAUAUGGAUAAAUGUUUCUGUCAAACAGAUAGUGAUUUAUGUAAUGGUAUAACAUCAUCAUCCAUCACAUCUGUAACACAACCAUUAAGAAAAAAUAUACCGAUUGUAACACCAUUAGCAUCAAAUAGACGAGGUGAACUUAUACUAACUUUAUUUGAUAUAAAUCAACAACAUUCAAUUGAUAAUAGUGGUUCAGUUUCUGUUGGUAAUCGUCUUUUUAUUGAUAUUAAAUAUCGAACAGCUGAACAUAAUACUAAUCGUCAUCAAAUCAUCGCUGAAAAUUGUUCAAUAGCAUCAAGUGUAUCAGAUAAUGAAAUAAAAUUAGAAAAAAUUUCUUUAUUAACAAAUCGUUGUCCAUCAUUAGAUUCACGUUUAUCAGUACGUUUUCAACGUAUGGAUCCCGAUCAUAUAAAAAGUACAAUAUUUCAAAUACAAAAAUUUGAUACAACAUCAAUUGUUUAUUUACGUUGUUCAAUAGCAAUAUGUCAUGAUCGAAUAGAAAAUUGUCAAGAACGUUUAUGUCCAGAAACACGACGAUCAUCAAAUAUACUUAAUUCAUCAUUAACAUCAUCAACUGACUCGGCUCCAUUUGAUUAUAUUGAUGAAGAUGGUGAAAGUGUUAUUGCAUUACGACGUCGAAAACGAACUGAUUCUGAUGAAGAACAAACAAAGAAAAAAUUAGCUAGACUAUUAUCGGAUUUAACUUGGUCAAUGGAUCAACCAUCAUCAACUAAUCAAUUAGAAGAUAAUAAUCCUACUCAAUAUGAAGUACGACAAAUUCAACAACAAUUUACUAUCGAAGUACCUCGAUCUCAAUCAACACAUAAACAUAAAGCUAUUUAUGAUGCUCUCUAUAGUCGUUCAUCAUUAAUAGGACAAGGUGCAGUUGAACGAUCAACGGUUAUUGCUACUAUUUCGAUUAUAUUUAUUAUUGGUAUAUCAAUAUCAUUAUUUGUUGUUUAUCGAACAUGUCAUGUUGAAUAUACACAACGAAUAUAUGGUUCAUCAUCAUUUGCUGGUUUUGGUAAUGGGAAUGAGUCGAUCUAUGGUGGAGUACGAGGUGCAUCACAAGUUUGUCGUUAUGAUAUGGGACGUCGAUCCGAACAACGUUUUGAUGAAAGUUUUUUUGUUAGUAAUGUCGAACCAUUAGGUGCAUAUCGACGACAAUAUUAA